AUGGAUAUUUUCAAACAACUCCAAGUGAAUAUCCCAUUUUCCGAAGCGUUAGAACAAAUGCAAAAAUAUGCAAAUUUCAUGAAGGACAUUCUCACCAAGAAAAAGAGGUAUUCGGAAGAGGAGACUAUUCUACUUGAUGCUCGUUGUAGUGCCAUAAUCCAAAAGACACUACCAAAGAAAGAAGCCGAUCCAGGACGUGUUACCUUGCCGGUUACAAUCGGAGGUCAUUACAUAGGUAACGGUUUGGUCGAUUUGGGCUCAAGUAUUAAUUUAAUUCCGUUGUCUAUCAUCAAGAGAUUGGGAAACAUAGAGAUGAAGCCGACCCGAAUGACUUUGCAACUAGCCGAUAAGUCUCUCACCUCUCCUUACGGAGUUGCACAAGACAUGCUAGUCAAAGUGGACAAUUUUUUGUUCCCGGUAGACUUUGUGGUAGUUGAUAUGGAAGAAGACCGUGACGUACCAUUGAUACUUGGAAGACCUUUCAUGAAAAUAUCCCGGAUGAUGAUCGACAUAGACGAUGGUCUUAUGAAGGUGAGAGUGCAAGAUGAAGAAUUCACUUUCAAUCUCUUUGAAGCAAUGAAGCAUCCCAAGGAUAAACAUGACACAUUUCGAGUAGAUGCCAUCGACGAGGAGAUUGAGGAGGUUGCUAAUCAAGUCCAUAUCUCUAGUCCCUUGGAAAGAUCUCUUAUAGGAGCUUACAAUGUCUUAUCUGAGAUUGAAGAAAAAGAAAUGGAAGCAUUCUUGAAUGAGUUAGAAUCCUGUGGGGAGAUAGAUCAUAAUGUAGAAAAGAUAGAAGAGUUGAAUGCGGAAAAGAAAUUGGAAGAAUAA